UUCUCUCUCCCUCCUGUGCAGUGAAGGGGGGAGUCAGAAAACAAACAAGAAGCGGCGUCAGUAGCAGCGUGGGGCUCUGGUAACUCUUCAUUAUCCUCCACUCCCAUUCAUACACAGACACGCACACACGCACCCACUCAUUCAUACACGCACAGGCAUACACAUACACACACACACACAUUACACACACACACAUGCAUAUUCUCAUUCAAUCAUAUACGAAAACAUAAUAAUCCUCAAGGACCGUACUCUUAUCCCGACUAGCCACUCUCCAGGUUUAUCCUCCUUCUACUUCACAUCGUUGCCUCUGGACCCCGUGGGAAAAUAUAACAGCGAGAGACUCUGCUGCGAUUUGCUUUAUUUCUACCCUCUUCUGAAUGACGGGCGGACGGUUCGACUUCGACGAUGGAGGCACUUAUUGCGGCGGCUGGGAGGAGGGGAAAGCCCACGGACAUGGCAUUUGCACUGGACCCAAGGGCCAAGGGGAAUACUCCGGGUCCUGGUCACACGGCUUUGAGGUAGUGGGUGUGUACACCUGGCCCAGCGGGAAUACAUAUCAGGGCUACUGGUCACAAGGAAAAAGGCACGGGCUGGGUUUGGAAACCAAAGGAAAGUGGACCUACCGUGGAGAGUGGAGUCAUGGGUUUAAGGGUCGAUAUGGGAUACGACAAAGCCACAAUACACCUGCGAGAUACGAUGGUACAUGGAAUAAUGGUCUUCAGGACGGAUAUGGGGUCGAAACCUACGGGGAUGGAGGUACGUACCAGGGACAGUGGAUGGGAGGAAUGCGACAUGGAUACGGUGUGCGCCAGAGUGUGCCUUACGGGAUGGCUACAAUUAUUCGCUCGCCACUUCGAACAUCCCUCGCCUCGCUUCGCAGCGAGCAGAGCAACGGCACCGCCCUGCACGACAUGGCGGCGGACACCCCCAUCGGGAGCAGGGGGGGAUUCGUCCUGAACUUUCACAGCGAGAGCGAGGUCGUGCCGGGAAAGAAAAAGGGCCUGUUCAGGCGGGGGGCCCUGUUCGGCAGCCUGAAGCAGCUGAAGAAGUCCGAGUCCAAAACGUCCAUAUCGAGCAAGCGCAGCUCCGCGCAGAGCGACGCCGCCAUGAGCCGCAUCAGCUCCAGCGACGCCAACUCCACCAUCAGCUACGGCGACGGCGAGCUCCCGGAGGAGUACGUGCCCACGGAAGACCACGUGGACGCCACCACCACCGAGUCCUACAUGGGCGAGUGGAAGAACGACAAGCGCAACGGCUUCGGCGUCAGCGAGCGCUCCAACGGCAUGAAGUACGAGGGCGAGUGGACCAACAACAAGAGGCACGGCUACGGGUGCACCAUGUUUCCCGACGGCACCAAGGAAGAGGGGAAGUACAAAAACAACGUCCUGGUCCGCGGAAUACGGAAGCAGCUUAUCCCCCUUAAGAACCCCAAAACAAAAGAGAAAGUGGACCGCGCCGUGGAGGGAGCCCAGAGGGCGGCCGCUAUUGCCAAAAUGAAGGUGGAAAUAGCAGUUUCAAGGACGGCACACGCCAGAACCAAGGCAGAGGCUGCUGACCAUGCCGCUCUGUCUGCCAUCCAGGAGUGUGACAUCGCCCGGGCCAUGGCCAGGGAACUGUCCCCCAGCUUCCAUCAGCCAGGCCUUGAAUAUAUCAAGCAGACAUUCACUGAACCUGUGGAGAUCAAAGAAGAGAAAAAGAAAGAAAAGUCCCCAUCAGGAAGUCCUCAUGUCAACCGUAAAGGCAGGACCGCCUCCCACUCCUCAGCCCAAAAACCUCAGGCCACGCCUCCUCCCUCGCCCACCAAGAAGAAGCACCAGCAGGCCAACAGCACCGCCACCCGAAAAGUGAGCAAAGAGGAAAGGCCCGCUGUGCCUGAAAACCCGCCUGCCAAAAUCACAAAGGUGCCCUCCAAGACCUCAGUCGUACAGGAAGUGGCCCCGCCUAAACCUCCCAAAAAAACAGAGCCUGUCAAUCCAGGCAAUGGACAACUGCACACCCAGUAUCACAGUUACUAUGUGAAGACCCAAAAGGCCCUCCCUCCCCCAGAACCCGAGGAGGACGAGGAGCGCGAGCUGAGCCAAUCUGCCCUCGCCCGGAUGCCACCGCCCCCAAAGCAGCUCAUGGCGCCCAGUCCCAAACCCCCGAUGGCAAAGCCUGCUGCCAAAGACAGCAAGCCUGAGGCCAAACUCAGGAAACAAGAUUCUCUGAAGCCAAAGAGCCUAGCAGAAACUAAGAAGGCCAGCAUGGAAAUCACCAGCGACUUCAUAGAGGACGAAUCAGGUCCUAACUCAAUUUUGGUUGCCCUUGUAAUGCUGUUGAAUAUUGGUUUAGCAAUCAUUUUUGUCCAUUUCCUGACAUGAGGGAAACACAGCUCAGUGGCGAGAUGUACAAACGGCUGCCAGAGGAAUUCGCUCAGAGGACUUUGCUGCAGAGGGAGAGUGUUCCAGUGCACACUCUUCGCUCAAUAGGAGAAAUCGAACACGCCUAACAGCGUCAGCCGCCCGUCUUAUUCCAUUACCUUCUGCCGCAGCUUCUCCUAACAUCAACCUUUUUUUCCCCCUUUUUUGGAGACCCUGACGAGGCACGCCCAUGCAUGGUACCGUUUUUUUGUUUUUUUUUGUUUUUGUUUUGUUGUUGCUUUUCUUUUCCUUUUAUAAUUUUUUUUUCCAGCCUUAAGACAGUCUAAAAUUGUCUGCUUGGAGUGUGACAAAUUUAUAUUGACUUUCGUCAAGAGUUUUCCCCCUUUUUGGUAUCAUAACUAUUGUCAUUACAAUUCAUAUGGUUCUAAUUUUGAUGAAAGUGCAAUAUGUUUUAUUUUUUUAAAAGAGGGAUUUAUUUUACCAAUGAAUGGUUUCUAGUAAUUGACCAUUUUAACUGUAGUAGAAAUUAUAUUUAUUAAAAAACCUCAUUCAUUUGUCAUACUACAUAAAACACGAAACACCUCAUUCAAAUUAACAUGGGAAAAAGAACUGAUUAUUUGGAUUGCCUGUAUGAAAGCCUGCUCUUGUAGUCAGUAGAAACACAAUGUGAAUGAAUUUUAAAGUCUUAUACAAUUAUGUUAUUUAUUGAUUUUAAAAUAAUAAUACUUCAAAUAAACUGUCAUCAUGUUGUUACAAAAGCAUAGACUACUGAGCAUGGGGUUUAUUUUCUUUUUCUAUAAAUUAUUUUAAUUUCUGCUUCCAUUAUUGCACCAUUAAUCUGUGAAAGUCUGGUUAGCAGUUAGCCAGAUUGGUGAAACACCUCUAGUUCUGAACUUGUGCUCGCUUGCAUGUUUGUGAGAUUGGAAAUUCAUUCCCACCCCCCCAACCCCCCAACCCCCCCAC